AUGCUGAUGGCCGUUGGACGCUCAGCUCCUCGAUACCAACUUAUGGGUGUGAUAUACCCCAAGUCAAAGCCACUGCAGUCAUACAUGCUAGAGUAUUUCAUCAUCUUAGUACGGCUAUGCCACCAUAUUCUACAGGUCGCCCAAAAGUCGGCCAUCGGGAAAUGGGCCUCUUCUCUAAUGGACCCCCUCGAUACUUAUCAGUCUGAAUUGGACAUUUGGGCUACUUCUAUUAAGGAGGAAGUGGACUUGCUUACUGCCAAGCAUUUAUCGCUCGCAGUGAGCCAAAGUUCACUCUUUAGGAGCAGUGUCUCCUUGCAUACUGACUCCCGAAUACACGCAAAAAGGGUCAAGGCCAGGAAACGUAUCCUUGACGCCUGCUCAAUGUACGAUCAUGAGCGGGACUGGAGGCAGAUUCGCAAGCUCGGAAAUAGCAAUCUAAUGAAUGGCUCAGCCACAUACACGAAGUGGAAGGAACAGUCGCAAUUCAACACGGCCAAGUCAAGGACUCUAGUGUGCACUGGAAAACUCGGAUCUGGAAAGUCCGUGCUUCUGGCCAAUAUUAUUGACGACCUUAACCUUGAUGCCAGCCAGAAGACCAUGGUGGUAUACUUCUUUUGUCAGCAUGAUGAGGCUGAGAGUCUGACUGCGCGCACAGUUAUAGGCUCUUUGGCCCGACAGAUGCUGCAGUCAGGAAUGGGCCUUGGCAAUGCAAGCGAGUUCCUAGACGAGCGUGAUUCUCUUAGCCUUGACCGUGUGGUGGAAUUGCUCCAAAAUUCUCUUCCUGAUUUCCAGGCAUACUUUGUCCUCGAUGGCCUAAUGCAUUGUGAUCCUACUGAACAACGGCUUAUCCUUGAAAAGCUUCGAUUACUGCAGGAUUCGAAAUCACUGGCUGUUUGUAUUUCCCACCGGAAGGAGUCUUCUUCCCCCCAAAAGGCACUGGGGCGAUUGAUGAACAUGACUGUUUUCCCAAUCGGCGACCAAAAUCCGGAAAUUGAUUGCUUUAUAGAAACAGAGCUCGAACGAUGUAUCAACUCUGGGGAACUCGUCGUCAAUGACCCUCUUUUGGUAGAUGAGAUAGGAAGAAGGCUUGCCGAAGGCGCUCAGGGAAUGUUUCUAUGGGUAGCUCUUGAAAUAAAGGCACUGUGUCUCCAACAGACAGAUGCAGAUAUCCGGAUUGCCAUAGCAAAUCUUCCACGCGAUCUCUCCGCUAUAUACCACCUCAUCCUCCAGAAGUCACAGCCAGUCAGUUAUCAACGGAGUAUUCUUGGGCUGGUGAUGACAGCACGGCGUCCACUUACCACAGAGGAAAUGAGGGAAGCACUCAGUGUAAUCCCAGGUAAAACCGUUUGGGAUCCUCAGAGGCUCUUGAAUGAUGUUAGAAAGGCCUUAGCCUGCUGUGGAGGUCUUGUUACCAUCAAUGAAGAAGAUUUUAGUAUUCGCAUGAUCCACCACAGCGUGAGAACCUUUCUCUGCACAGGACAGGCCACCGACCAAUUUGACCUGGGUCGAGCCAACCGAGAAAUGGCGGAGAUCAUUGUGACAUAUCUGAAUUAUGAGAUCUUCUCAAAACAGAUUUCAACAGUUAAAGCACCUCGAAUCAGCGCCAAUUCAGUUGCCUCUUCAGUGAUAAGCUCCGCUGUCCCUCACAAGAUUCCUUUUGGCCUUCUGAGACGGAGGGAUCUUGUAGAUAUUGAUAUUGGUCACACCUUGUUGGGCACUAUGGGUCAGUCAAAGCAUGUAGUCUUGAUGCCCCUAGAAUUUUACCAAUAUGCAACAUCUUGGUGGCAGGAACAUAUUUGCUUUUUGAACCUUCUAAUACCACACAUGGAGGUACUGUUAGGGAAGUUCUUACAGACACAGGACGUUGACAAGGUUGAUUCGUGCGGCCGAACCCCAUUAUCCCACGCAUCCGAGUACGGUUCCUAUGAUAUCGUGGCCUGUUUAUUGGCACACGAUGCUAGCGAUCUGGCGGAUAAUGUUGGAAGAACUGCGCUUCACUGGGCUGUUAGAGGGAAGAACAAACCUGUGGUGGAGGCCUUAAUCUCCUCAGGCAAAGUGAAUCCAAAUGCUGAAGACGAUUGGAGACAAACGCCCACGGUGGUCGCAAUUCAAUCUAAAGAUAAACCUGUAUUCGAAUGCCUUCUUCGAUGUGUCCGAGUGCCACGGGACUACAGAGAUAAAAGGGGCAAAUCUUUUCUCAACAUUGCAGCAGCUGAAGGAUUCAGGGAGGGAGUAGCGACUCUACUUGACUCCGAUGAAGCAGUCCUGGAAGAUGGUGAUGCUGAUGGUAAUACACCAAUACACGCCGCUGCAGAGAAUGGCCAGGCAACCAUUCUAGCCGACAUUUUGGCCUUCAUCGAAACAUCGUCACAGAAAGCAAAUCUUAGAAAUCGCUGGGGACAUACACCGUUUUGGCUGGCAGCCGCAAAUGGGCAUGAAGCCACUGUUCGAAUUCUCAUGAACUAUCGGCUCAUAUACCAUAGUUCUUAUAACACUGUAAAUGACGACCCAUUCUGGAUCGCGGCUGCAAAUGGCCACCUGGGCGUUAUAAAGACAUUUCUCGAAUUUGGGAUUGUCGGGGAGCGUUCCAAAUCACCAGCCAGCUCGGCGGUAGAGAUGGCUGCCCAAAACGGCCAUGCGUGUGUGGUUAGCCUACUGUCACUUGAAACAAAUGUGACUGUCGGGCAAUUACAUCGAAGCCUGUUCCGAGCUGCAGCAGAAGGCCAUGAAUCUGUGGUUCGCACCCUAGCUGGAAAUCAUGCGAUUGAUAUAAACUGCAGAUAUGACGAGGGUUUGACACCCCUGUGGAUAGCUGCAUCGAAAGGGCAUGAAGGCAUUGUUCGGGCUUUAACUGAAACCCCUGGAAUUGAGAUGAACAACAGAAGCGAUGAGCGUUUAACACCGUUAUGGAUAGCUGCAGCGAGAGGGCAUGAAGGAGCUGUUCGGGCUUUAAUUGGAAUCCCUGGAAUGGACCCGAACAGCAGCAACCAUGAGUGCUUAACACCGUUGUCGAUAGCUGCAGCGAGAGGGCAUGAAGGUGUUGUCAAUGCUUUAGUGGUCAUACCAGGUCUCGACGUAAACAGCCAAGAUGGAAACGGCCUGACACCUCUAUCGGUAGCGGCUUCCAUGAACGAAAGAGGUAUUGUUUGCACUCUAUCCUCCCAAAAUGGUAUUGAUAUAAAUCUCCCGGAUCGCGAAGGGAGAACUGCCUUAUGGAUCGCAGCAUCCAAAGGUUAUGAAGAUGUUGUCUGCACCCUGGCUUCUCACGAGGAUAUCGACCUCAAUUACCACAACAAAUCAGUCGUCACGCCGCUUGCAAUUGCUGCAGAAAACGGACACGCAGAUAUAGUGUCCUUUCUAGCGCGGACUCCGGGGGUGGAUCUAAAUUGUGCUGAUAUUUUUGGCAUGACUCCAUUGGUCAAAGCAGCAGGGAAUGGACAUGGGGGAGCUGCAAAGCUUCUUUUGUCAUACGCGUAUCCCACGCCCAAAGAUUUAUCGGACGGCUUUUUAGAUUCAUGGGCUGCGUUCGAGUACGCGGUUAAGGCGGGCCACCUGUCUGUUGUUGGGGCUUUUCUAGACUUCCCUGGAUUUGCUAGAUUGCUUUCUGACUCUGCCUGGCUAUGGGCAUUGCGCGAGGCAAAUAGGCUUAAAUAUCGCGAAAUCUUUAAUGUGCUUCGGACAAACACACCAUCCAGUGCCGUGGAAAAGUGGAUAACUGAUGGGAUGAAAGAGACGGGAAUGAUUGAGACUGGAAUGAUUUAA